AUGUUGAUGACAUUUCAAGUGCUAAAAGAUCAGGCGAAGCACCUGAACAAAAGUAUUUCAAUCGAUAAUGCAGUAUGCAAAUUGCAUUAUCGUGUAACUUUUAUGCUUUUGAUGGCUUGCACGGUUCUGGUCACAUCAAGACAAUACAUAGGAGAACAUAUUAAAUGUAUAUUAGGACAAGGACCAGCGGUACCUCAACAUGUUCUUGAGACUUUCUGCUUUUUCACCAGCACAUACACAGCGGUCAAACACUUGAAUCAAAGUAUGAUAAAUUCUGGCCACAUACCUCAUCCUGGUAUUGGUCCAUCCCGCGAAUGA